AUGUGCCCUGCAGUUGUGGCGACCCUUGACACAGGCGAUAGCGGCCCGGACUAUGGGGGUCCAAACCUGUACCAGGUCAACAAUGCUUAUGAGACGCGCACCGCGCAAGCAUGCAGCAACAGCGUGGUCGGCUGCUGCACCAGCAAUAGCCUCACCCAGCUGGUCCAGGACACCAGCACCACCUACAAGUGCUGGAACCCCCUAGAGAUGCCCAAUGACUUCCUCUUGCAGGUAAACAUCUCACAGGAUGGCAAUGCAGUUCCGGGCUUUCCAUUGACUGUGCAACCCUGGAUAGGGGCACAGACCACUGGUCCAAAUAUCUCAGCCGUAGGGGUGAUUGUCAAACCUCAGACGCCUCAUGACUCGUCCAUCUUUGAUGGCUACACUGGCAAGCGCUGGUGCCAAGCCACCAACACUGUCCAGUCAACCGAUCAAGGCACACAGUUGGCUUCCCUGCUGAAGCCAUCGUCUGAUUCUAAUUGCAGCUUUCUGUUCAAUGGCCUGUACACUCCCUUCAACGCCUAUGCUCAGCAGAUUUCCUGCACCUACGGGCCCAGCCUCAACCCGAGCAUGGAGGUGACUGUGCGAAUGGACAUCAGCCUGCUGAACAUCUCCUACACGCUGGGAUACACUCCGCCGCCCAACCCCAACGCUGCCAAUCCCCAGAAGUUCAUCCCCCUGCUCAGCCUCCAGUACUGGGCCUUCAACAGCCUCACCGGCAACCUCAGCUUCCCAGUCCUCAACAAUGACACCGUGCAAGGCCGUGUGAGGGUCCAGGCAGUGAGCUGCUGCAUCAUACCGGCUGCUGGUGGCCCCUGCGAUCCCAAUGCAAUAACAAUAGCCAACACCAGCGUGCAGAUUGCACUGCUCCAGCCGACCAACAAUGCAACCUUCUCCUUCCCCCUUACCCUCGCUUCAAACUCAUGGGGCGGCCUCGGCCAGUGCGUCUUCAACAUGAGCGUCAACUUUGAGGUUGGGCCCGGCGUGCUGUUAGGCUUUGGAAUUCCAAGUGCCCCGCCGCCCCCCUCGCCACCGCCGCACCCCCCGCCGCCACCGUCUCCCCCCUCUCCGCCACCCCCUCCCAUCGGCAUCACUCCCUGGAUCAAUUUCACCGCCAACUUCCCCAGCCUGACUACCACCGACGCCACCGCCACGUUCCAAUCCAGGUACCGCAACGCCAUUGCAGCAUCUGCAAAAGUACCGUCCAGCCAGGUGACUCUGCAAGUUGCGGCCGGGUCCAGGAGGCGCCUCAUGGCCGGCGGCCUCACCAUCGUCACCAUUGUGACGUUUGGUGAGAACGAUCUGUACCAGCUGGCCAUCGCGUACAAGAGCCUCCUCCAGACCCAGAACCUGACGGCCAUCUUGGGAUCUGACCCCUCCUUCCAGGCGUCAGUGGGCGCGGCCUCUUUCUCUGCAGUAGUCACCAAUAUGGUCCCGGUGCCGCCACCGCCGCCGCCAUCACCACCCCCGUCGCCGCCGCCCCCACCGCUGCGGCCGCCGCCGCCAUCCAAGCCCGCCCCGCCCCCACCGCCGGGGCUGGGGUGCGGCACAGUGAACUGCGGGACCCACGGCACGCCAAAGGCCGGCACCUGCGGCUGCACCUGCGACUCCGGCUGGGGCACCUACCCCAACCAGGACCUGGCCAACUACCUGUACUGCACCAAGCCCACCACUGGCGGCACCACCGGCACAGACAGCCUCAGCCCCUCGCCUGGAGGGAACAGCACGACGCCGGCGUCGGCGGUGGCCACGCGCGUGAAGGCAUUCCUGGGCCUGCAGUGGCAGAAGUGGUGCAUCGUGCUGGGCACCGUCGCUGGAGUGCUGAUUGCAUUCUAUGCGCUCAAGAACUGCCUCCCCUGCUGGAGCUGGUCUAAGACGCUCGUGCGCAUCGUCUGGGGGCUGCUCAAGUGCAUGUUCGGCUGCUGUUGCUGCCUCGUCAAGUCCCUGCCGCGCUCUGACUCCCCGGCCGCCAUCCGCAAAGAGGAGCUGCGGGAGGCGAAGAAGGAGAGGAAGAGGGCGGAAGGCGAGGCGAAGAGUAAGGAAGCUGAGGAGAAGGCGCGGAAGAAGGAGGAAGCUGCCGAGAAGGCGCACGAGGCGCGGCUGGCCGCUCUGGCCGCCUCCGGCUCCGGCACUGCCCUCAUCGGCGCAGCCUCCAGCUCUGCCAGGGUGGAUGGAGAGGGCAGCACCGGCCCCAGGAAGAGCGAGGGCAGGGGCCUGUUUGCGUCCGUGGCCAGCGCAGUGGCCGACAAAGGCAUCAAGCGGCUCAGCGGGGCCAAGACUGCCGGCAGAAGCACGGUGCCCACCGCCCAGACGGUCGCCCCCGUCGUGCAACCCAGCACCACACCAGCUGCAGCCACUGAGUCGGCCGCUCUCGCAAGCCUGCUCUCACAGGCGGCGUCUCUCAAGACCCAGCAGAGCGCGCAGGCCUCCUCAGCCGACUACAAUUUUGCAGCCGCGCUAAAUACCGUGCUGCCGGCUCCCAACGGCGCAGACCUGCAAGCGGCGGCCAACGCCCAGCGCCUGGCACUGCAGCUGCAGCUGCAGCAACAACAGCAGAUGCAGCAACAACAGCAGUAUCAGCAACAACAACAGCAGCUGCAGCAGCUUCAGGCAGCAGCGCUUUCCAACAUGCUUGGCCAAGCAACACCGGCCGGCUUGCAGCCACCGCCGCAGCAAUUUAUGGGCGUUCCUGGGUCUGUGCCCCAGUUCCAGAACCCGCUGCAGACGCUGCUUGCGUCGCAGAUGGCGAGCAAUGCGAUGCCGGUCCCCCAGUACGGACCAGGCAUCAACCCUUACGGGCAGCAGGGGGUUUACGGGGCCCAGCAGCAGCAGCAGUCCCCUGCGGUGGCGCGGCUGCUGCAGCAGCUGUCGGCUCAGAUACGGCCGCCGCCGUUUAUGAGUCCCCCGGCAGCCCAGCAGAUACCUGCCAACGUAGUGCAGAAUCCUGUUUUUGCUCAGCAGGCGGCGCCGCAGCAUGACUUGCAGCAGCCUGGCGCUCCUAAUGCUGAUGCGCAGAACAACCCGCUGUCACCUCCAUGA